AUGAUUGUUUACGAUGCCAGACAAUGGACUCUUCUUAUGAUCCUCAGGGUUCAUGGUUCCGUUUUUCCAAAAGGACUAUGUUGGGCGCUUCCAAACGCCUUCAUCGCUGCCCUGCUGCACUGGAUGCUGCGGAGGUAUACACCGGAUGCAGAUGGAGAUGGUGUGCCAGAUGCCAUUCAGAACAUGACAGGUGUGGAUGUCAUAUGGUCUGGCUACACUUUCGUCCUUGGCUUUCUGGUGGUUUUCCGGAACAACCAGGCCUAUUCCCGCUUCUGGGAGGGAGCAACAUUGAUCAGCCAAGUGCGUGGCGAGUGGUUCAAUGCUGUCUCAUCGCUGUUUGCUUUCACAUCCCGGAAGCCCGAGAAGGCCGAGGAGGUCUAUGCAUUCCGGCAACUUCUUAUACGCCUUGCUAGCAUGAUGUAUUGUGCGGCCCUCCAGCAGACAGUUGGCAUGUCACUCUUUUGCAUUCGGCAGAACACGCUUUCUGAGGAAGGCAUUGCUCCUGGGCAUCUCGAGUUCCUCGAGGCUGCCAAUGACCAGUGCGAGGUGCUGCUGCAGUGGGUUCAACAGCUCAUCAUCGAAUCUCACGACGCAGGUGUGGUGGACGUUCCCCCGCCUAUUUUAUCUCGAGCUUUCCAGGAGCUCUCACGCGGCAUCGUCACACUGAACAAUGCUCGAAAGAUAAAGGACAUUCCGUUUCCUUUUCCUUACGCGCAAAUGUUGGUGUGCAUGCUAGUUGUUCACUGGCUGGUGACGCCCAUGCUGGCGAGCCUGGUGAUAGAGUCGUGGUGGUGGGCGGCAGUUAUGUCUUUCCUAGUCACAGGAUCUUUCUGGACGCUGAUGCACAUUGCUAUGGAGAUCGAUCAGCCGUUUGGGGCAGAUGCGAACGACCUCCCCAUAAAGGCGAUGAUGAAAGACUACAACAGGAGUUUGCUUUCGCUGUUAAACUCUGCCACCCAGAAAUCGCCCUCCUUCGCCUUGCAGAAGAUGACACCGGCCUUCGUGCAAAGCAAAGACGCGAAUUUGACUUUCUCCAUUCGAAAGCGGCUGAUCCGCAGUUCUUCCGAGGAGGACUCGGAGUUUCAUGUUCGAGAAAGCGAAAGGCUUCGGAACAGCGAGGCGUUCACGCGCUUCCACACAGACUCUGGCUCUGGAACGCCUCGCGAGCGGACGUUCUCGGAACGUAUGAAUGCUCAUGAGGCUCAAGCUCCUCAGGGUGCAGACGCAACUGAAGGACAAGACCCGUCCGACAGCAAGCUCGCCGUGGCCGAGGAGAGCUUUUCUGCGCAGAAGCCUGCGGAGUCAAUACUCUCAAGAGGUUUUAUUGAGAUGAUUUGA